GUGGUGUCCUGACAGGCGCAUGCACAGCCUGGAGAUCCGGAGCGGAGCGCGUGAAGUUCAGCGCCCGACAGCAGCGCACACCCAUCGGCUUCAGGUAGAGGAGGAAGACCGCGGGAAGGACGGAGGAGACGUGUUUAUAAACCACAUCCAGGAUGGCACUAACCAGAGAUCCAGGGGCGGGCCAGGAGCAUAAAGAUGCAGCCGACCAGAACUUCGACUACAUGUUUAAGCUGCUGAUCAUCGGCAACAGCAGCGUGGGAAAGACUUCCUUCCUGUUCCGCUUUGCAGACGACUCCUUCACGUCGGCCUUUGUCAGCACAGUGGGCAUCGACUUCAAAGUCAAGACCAUCUACAGGAACGACAAGAGGGUCAAACUUCAGAUCUGGGACACUGCAGGGCAGGAGCGCUACCGGACCAUCACCACAGCGUACUACAGAGGAGCCAUGGGGUUCCUGCUCAUGUACGAUAUCACCAGUCAGGAGUCUUUCUGCGCUGUGCAGGACUGGGCAACCCAGAUUAAGACGUACUCGUGGGGCAACGCUCAGGUAGUGCUGGUGGGCAAUAAGCUGGACCUGGAGGAGGACAGGCAGGUCCCUACUGAGGACGCCCAUAGACUGGCCUCAGAGCUCGGCUUCCAGUUCUUUGAGGCCAGUGCCAAAGACAACAUCAAUGUAAAGCAGGUUUUUGACAAGCUGGUGGACGUCAUCUGCGAGAAGAUGAGCGAGAGCGUCAACGGUGAUUCGAGUCCGUCAGCCAAUCAGAAUGAGGCCGGCCUGAAGGAGACGCCCAGCAGCAGCCCAGGCGGCUGUGCAUGCUGAUGGCUGGCAAUUGAAAGGAUCUAAAUCUAUCAUUGUGAAUGUAGUUAUUCAUGUUGAGGCAAUAAUAUCAUGGAUGCUCGGCUUUCUUUUUUUAAUUUGAUCUUUUCAUAACUUGGUGACGACUGCAGCUUCAUCGUAAUGUGACUGUUACACUGAGAUGCCAAAGAGCUGCACAAAGCAGCCGUGCCUUUUGCCUGACAACACUGCUUUGUUAUUUCUUGUCUAGUGAGUGAACAGCACCUGUUGCAGGCCAGGAUGUGAAAGAAAGGCAUUAGCAAAAUCAGCAUGGUGUGUGGAUCACUGCGAUUUACUUGUGUCAUGCUACCCCCUUGUGGUUGCUGCAUGAAAAUGCAUCACUGUGAGUCAUCGCUGCACUAAACUGUAUCAUGUGAACUGCUGAGGCUCACUGACGGUUCAGUCCAAAGUGAAACAUACCUGAAGGUUGAAGUGAAACAUACCUGAAAGGUGCUGUGUCAUUCCAGGUCUAUGUGCGCAGUCCAGACUUGUAAUUACUAAGGGAUAUUCUCAUCAGCUUUAAUUUAUAUAUUUUGUUUUAUUCUUUUUGUACCUUUCAAUGGUUAAUGCUAAUUAAUGACUUUCUUUUGCCAGGUUUAUUUUGUAUCUCUAAAAGUGGGUAUUAAAAGAUGUGGAUCAAUACA